UUGUUACAGGCAGCUAACAUCUGUAUACUAAUAUUUCUCUUCAAACAGAAUAGUGCUAUUCGUUUGCACAAGAUGUUCCAAUUUCUAGACGGUUACAAAUCCGAGCAUACGUUACAAGGAUUCCUACAUGUAGGUAAAGAUUACGCUGUAUUCCUUCGGAAACCGCACUCACACGACAAAUACCUAACCUAUGAACUUUAUGAGGCGAAAAACGUUGACACUUUGAGCAACUUGCCGAGAUUGCUUGCAAUAUCAAAGGUACCUGUUGUGUACAUAAAAGAACAACUUACGACAUUUCGGGAGGAAUUAUAUAAAGCGAAAUACGUAGAUGGUAAUGUUGUGCCGGGAACUCAAGUGAAAACAUUAAGGGAAUGGCAGAUAGCAAGGGCAUUGACCUCGAAAAACAAAGAAAACGUUGCAGAAACACAUGUACUUCAAUCUAUUGUGCUUUAG